AUGAAGUAUCGUUUAGAAUUGCUUCGCGAUCAGCUGUUCGUUGCCUCCUUGAGUAGAAAGUUAUCGAUAUGUACAGGUCCAUUAUACGUACCAGCCGAGGGCAUUGAACCUGUAGUGUUUGAGAAGAUUUGUAGUGAAACUUUAGAAUCUCUGUUUGAAUAUUUUGAAGAGUUAAUAGAUCAAUCUCCACAAUUAAAAGGCGCUGACAUAACCUUCAGUGAUGGAGUUUUAACUGUUGCCUUGGGAUCUAACUACGGAACAUAUGUUAUAAAUAGACAAACACCAAACAAGCAAAUAUGGUUGAGCUCUCCGAUUUCAGGUCCCAAGCGGUAUGACCUCGAACUAAAAAACGGUGGCUACUGGGUCUACAAGCAUGACGGAGUCUCACUCCACAAUCUAUUACAAAAUGAAAUAUCAAAAAUUGUAGAUAAUGUUGAUUUUAAAAGUUGUGCACAUAGUGUAGUGUAA